AGGGAGAUUAGUAUUCCACAAAUGGGAAUAAGAAAUAAAAUACAUUAGAGGUUUAAAUUCGACGAGGCAAACGGAUUUGUCAUCAUGUGUAGAAGUAUAUGGGGAGAAGCGUGUACUUGGCGCAGCCCUGAAAAACGACGUUGCCGGAGUGAAUGCUGAGUCACAUAUCGUGAACGAUCUCUCCCAGGAAGGUGUGCUAGUUCGUUUCUCUGUGAAAUGCAUUCUAUUGGAGUAGUAUAACGUUAUCAUUGUCGGAAUUUUAAUAUCAUCAAACCAAAAUGAAUUGAAAGAGGAGGUACUUGGCGCUUGUCGCGUGCCUCGAAUAGUUAAUGGAAACGAAUUUAAGACAGCUUUAGGCCCGGUUUAGGCUCGCGGAUCUGUCAGUUUUUACUAUUAAACGGGAAUUCUUGCUUUUUAUCAUAGUUGCUGUGGUGUGUCAGUGGAAGAGAAGUGUUAGCAUUAAUUCAAAAAAGUAUCGCCUUAAAUUAUCAAACGAAAUCCGAGGCAUGCGUAGGACGUACGCGACGUGUACUGAAGUUUGACGUGGUUAGUGUGUGUUUUGAGGUUAUUUUUGUGUUCGUGUAACUGACCUCUACUUGUUUAAACAGAGCUUCGAAUCUUUAUUUCCAUUCUGACACUCUGUCGAAUAAGUUCAUCCAACAAGAACUUUGAAAACUGUCUUUCUUAAUCUAAUUUCAAUUCUGUAUUGGUUACGUUGAAGAGGAAAACAAAAGUUUAAGAAGUGGUGUUUGACAACAUUGUUAACAAUUAAGAACACAGUCUUGAAUUAUCUGUUAUUGAAUGGUGCAUAUAAAUUCACUUAUAGCCAAUAUGUUGUAAUUACAUGCAGUUAUGGGAACAUUAUUGGACAUUUAGACUGAGUCAAACCAUUGACAAAAACAACGGUUUAACAUGAACAUUUGUUUCUUUGUGAUAACUCAUCUCAAAACGUGCCAAACUAUUGUGACAAUAAGCUGAAAUAAUCUGGAUUGUAAACUUGUAAAUUUGUCAACUUGGAAGUGAUUUAAAUACCAAACAAGCAAAAUGUUGUGUAUAAAGAAAUUGUACCACGAGGAGCUGUUUCAACUAGCACUGCUACUUUCUUUGUUACGACUGGAUCCAGAAUCUUACCUAGGUUUGGACAUUCAAACCAUAGGUGUAGGUUCAUUAGAUCUAAACAAUGGUUCUAGAUGGCAUACUGAUGUCCACACAAUAGUUCAUCGCCCUAUGUUUGUUCAUCCAAAAAACUUAGAUUCUAUGCUUUUAAAUUAUGAGAGAGAUCUGUUUGAAGAUUUAAAUUCAUUAGGAAGAUACAAUAGAAUAAAUUCUGGUUUAAAUGAUAUCCAUGCGUAUUUGUUAAACGUCGAAGACUCUGGAAGAGAUUUUGACAUAGCAGGACCCAGUAUAUCACUUUCUACAGACCCAACUAGGAAUAUGACAUCACCUGACCCAUCAAAUUCUUCGCAAAGUCCUGAUGAACCAACUAAUACAGCAGAACUUACUCAAGAGGACAUGGAUCUGAUCGAAGUGCUCUGGAAGCAAGACGUGGAUCUCGGAUUCACGUUGGUGGAGCCAACGACAACAGCGAAGAAAGCGCCCACGGUGGAAAAAGGGUCCGACGACGAGAUCGAGAAGUUGAAGGCUCUGGAAGCGAUCAACGGGAGCAAUGAAAAGAAAGACACGAAGGAGUACGAGGAACCGCAGGAUGAUCCGUGGGCGGGCCUCCCUUACACCGUCGAUCUCGAAACCGGUGAAUACAUCCUCAAUUCCGGCAGUCGGCGUGAGAACGGGAACAACGGGGUCGAAGAGGACGAUCAUCUGCUUAGGGACGCGUCGCUCGGCUUAGACAAUCACCCGUUGGCUGGAUUAACCGAUGAUUCUUUGGGACUGACCGACACCUUAGAGCUCGAGAAUGAUUUCCCAACGGAUUUACUCGGGGGUGGUCUCUUAGGGAGCGCGAACGUCGAAGGCCUUCUCAACAACGACUCCUUGGACCUUCCCGACGGAUUCAAUCUCGAGGAGGCGCUACAGCUCGUUGGCCUCGAUGAGGCGCAAUCAGAGGAAACGAAGCCGGAAGUGAAGAAGGAAAAAGAUAGCAUCGAAAAGUCAACGUGCGCAAAGGACGAGUCGAGCAUUACCAGCUCGAGCAGCGUCGAGGUCGCGAAGUCAUUCAGGUGCGAGGAUCCUAAGAGCAGCGACAUGAUUCACACACCGCAGUUUCAUCAUCCCCAUCAUCCACACCAUCGUUCCUUCCAGGGUCGCAUGCCAUUCAUGCGUGCAAUGAGCAUGGAACAACGGUGGCAAGAUCUAGCAUCUCUUUUGUCGCUGCCCGGUGCACCAGACCAUUUUGCACAUCCUGCACAUCCUGGAUACCCAGGGCACGGUAUAAGUCACAGUCAUUAUGAAGCGCAACGCAACGUAUUACUUCACAAUGCCACUCUGGCACCACCGGUGGGCGAUCUCAAUUCCACCAGUCCGUAUCACAAUGUGGGUGGGUCGUCGAAUCUGGGUUCAGCCGUGGCUACGUCAAUGAAUUUAACAAACAGUAGCGAACCGAUGGGCGCAGAAAGUGGAGCAGCUUAUAAAUCCGAGCCGGCAGAUAUGAUGUACUACCAUACUCCAACUUCUGACUCGAUCAAUCAAACCACCGAUGGUUUCCUUUCAUCUCUAUUAAAUGACGAGGAUUUACAUCUGAUGGACAUGGCAAUGAACGACGGCAUGUAUACCAUGCGCAUGCUAGAUAAUGGUAAUAACAACACCUCGGGUCCAACGGGAGCAGCGGCCUUGUCAGGAGUUCAGACAGCUGGUGGUACGACCUCUUCGGCAACAGGCGUUACGACACUUCCGGGUGUAACAGACGAAAGAAUGGACGCGUCCAGCGAUAGCGCUGUCAGCAGCAUGGGCAGCGAGCGUGUACCAUCCCUUUCGGAUGGCGAAUGGAUGGAAACUGGUUCUAAUUCCAGUCACACGCAAGCUGAUUCUCAUUACACUAUGGAUUACGCUAGCAAAUACCGCAUGUCGUACGACUGCAGCUAUUCCGUUUCCGGAAGGAACGCUGGUUCUCCAAGAUGUCAAACGGAACGCACUAUGCCUCCAGUUGCUCAGAAAAAGCACCAGAUGUUUGCGAAACGAUACUUUCAGGAACAAGGAACUGGUUCUCCUCUUGGAGCAACAGCACAUCCGACCACUCCUAUGAAGUAUGACUAUGAUUCGCACACAGUUGGUGCCGGGGCACCAGGGAAUGCCUAUUCCGGUCCGAUCGAGGGUGCGGCUGGCCCUCAACCUGAAAUAAAAUAUAGUUGUAGCGUAGAUUUCACUCGUCAUCAAUCAGGACGUUCAGCUGUUGAGCAUGUUCAUCAUAAUCACACGUACCAUAUGCCUGCCGAAAGUUCCGGGUCUCUGCAACGUCCAGUUUCUCGUGAUAAAAAAGUACGUAAAAGCGAGAGUGAGGAACACCUAACUAGAGACGAGAAAAGAGCAAGAGCAUUGAACGUCCCUAUUCCGGUGAACGACAUUAUUAAUCUUCCAAUGGACGAAUUUAACGAACGUCUCAGUAAAUACGAUCUCAGUGAGGCUCAAUUGUCUUUGAUCCGUGACAUCAGGAGACGGGGCAAGAAUAAAGUUGCCGCUCAAAAUUGUCGUAAGCGUAAACUAGAUCAAAUCAUCAGUCUCGCUGAUGAAGUGAAAGAGAUGAGAGACCGCAAGAUGAGGCUUAUUCGUGAACGAGAAUUUAUGCUCAUCGAAAGGCAACGUGUAAAAGACAAAUUUAGUCAACUUUAUCGUCAUGUAUUCCAGUCCUUGCGCGAUCCUGAUGGUAAUCAGUACCAUCCGUACGAGUAUAGUCUUCAACAGUCUGCUGAUGGAAAUGUAUUGUUAGUGCCAAGGAAUCAGACGAAUCCUCAUCAUCCACGUUCUACGGCAAUGGAACCAAAAACAAAACCUGAUCCUGAACAUAAAGAGUGAUGAAAUUAUCAAGAAACGUUUGAGACGUUUGAUAAUGAUGAGAGAAACUGUGUUUUCUUCCCACGAUGACCGUACUUUUUGCAAAACGAACAUAAAAGCGGUAUUGAGAUGGAAAAUCACUUCUGAUUUUAAACAUAGCAAUGAAGAGUUCGCUUAGAAAGCUUAUUGCUCGACAUUUGAUAUAUUUCAUAAUGUUCAAAUAAAUGAAGAAUUUUUCAAAAAUUUCGCAAAGACUCACAUUGAGUCACAUGUUUCUUUACGACUGGAAAAUAAAUCACCAAACGUAAAAAAUACCUAUUGUACAUAUAAUUAUAAAUCAUAAAUAAACCGAUAAACUUUGCGAGUAGAAAAAAGGUAGACAAUUCUUAUAAAAGUCUAUGUUAUAUUUUUAAAUAUAAAUCUUUUUUCGUUAUUUUAAAUAAUGAAAAUAUGAAUUGAUCUUUUCAGAAAAAAAAGAAUCAUAUAAAGUGUUUUAAAUGUCAUUUUUUUCGUAUUAAAAUUCAGUGGAUCCCUAUGAAGAUAAUUCAAUUAAAAUAACUUUCUUAUAAUUCUCUUUUAUUAUUUUUAACACAAAUAUGUUUUAAUUCUAAAUAGAUAUGUACAUGUACAUGUUUUUUACGCAUUACGUGAUUAUAUUAUAUAUAUACAUAUAUAUAUAUACCAUACUUGCCUUUUUACAAGACGCAGUUAUUCAGUUAUAACUAUACUAUAUUUGAUAUAUAACUGACACAGAUAUUAACUGUCUACGAUUAUGUCAAAAUGUGGCUAUUCAAUAUUAUUUUUAUUUGUUAAAUUUCAAUAUAAAAUUAUACAAACUUGCCAAACUUCGUAAAUAUUUUAAUAGAAAUAAAAAGUCAUUGAGUUUGUUAUACAUAACUCGGUAAAAAGGAGAUAAAAUAUAUUUACGCGAAUAUUGCUAGUGACAUAAAUACUUGAUGUGUUUAUAAUUUGCAACGAUAAAAGUCAGGAAUAUGAAAAUAAACCUGCAUUUAAAUUGGAAUUAAAUGAAAGAAACAAUAAUAAAGAUACGUUGAGAACAUCGAAUAAUGUAUAUUGUUCUAUGAACUGUUUAGUGUUCUGUACAGAAAACUGCUCCAAAAAUGUUAAAUUUCAAUCCGUUCAAAUGAAAUAUUAACGAUGAAUUGUAAUAUAACGUGAUAAAGAUAUUUAGCAAUUAAUGUGACUAUGUGGAUACUUUUAAUGCAAUGUGUUGUAUUGCUACAAUAUUAAUAAUAGUAUUGUUUGAAAUAUGAACGAAAAUAUAACAAAUACACAUAUUUUUAUAAAAUAAGGGACAAAUAAAGUUUAGGUAUUUCACAUUUGUCUUUGUAUGUAUAUAUUAAUAUAGUUAGAAUAAUUUUCUAUAAAUAUUAUACAUGUAUAAAUAUCGAACAUAUGUAUUUAUGUAUGUACAUGUAUAUAUAUAUAAAUACAUAUAUGCAGAGUAACAAUGAGACAUACGCUAUAAGAUUAAAAACGAGAAAGGAAUACUGUUUACGCCGACAAUUUAUAAUAGUCAAGUCUUUAUUAACAUUUACACAACUGUAUUUAUAUUAUUGGGUGUAGGCUGCCUUUACGUACUGUAUUUAGCGAAAGGAGAUCACAUUGUUAAGAAUUGCUAAAGAAUAAUUUGCAAUUACUCUGUUCGAGAAUUGUACAAACGAACUAGGUUUAUACAGAUCCUCAAUUCCAUCUGAUCACAUUGUCAUUUUAAGAUCUCCCAUGUCAUUAAAUUUCUACAUUGUAUAAAUAAAGCUGAAUAAACCUUUGGGGAAAUUACUGUA